AUUGUGGUCACGUGUUUCCAUGUGAUACGAAUGCAGUACAGAGGUUUACUUUAAGCUGAUAAUACCCUGAACAUAUUUAUAUACACACAUAUGUUCUGUUACUGAUCUUUGCACUCAAAGACUAUCGAAAGAGCAAAUGGCGUCGAAAGGAAAUAUCGCAGUUUUAGGCAGCGGCCUGAUAGGGAGAAGCUUUGCCAUGUUGUAUGCUAGUGCUGGCUAUAUGGUAAAAAUUUAUGAUAUAUCUGAAGACAUGCUGAAAGAUGCUAUGUCUUACAUAGAACAGCGCUUUACGGCGCUACAGGCCAAUGGUUUGCUCAAAGGAAAAUUGACAGCAGAAGAGCAACUCAAACUUAUUACUGUGGCGACAGAUAUGAGAGAUUGCGUAGAGAGCGCCUUUUACGUUCACGAAUGUGUACCAGAGAGAUUAGACUUGAAGAAGAAAGUGUUCGGAGAGUUAGACAAGCUGGUUAAGUCUGACACCAUUCUUGCAAGCUCAACCAGUUGUAUUCCUGCGUCUCAAUUUUCUGAAGGCCUUAAUUUAAAAAACCGAUGCAUUGUCGUUCAUCCGAUAUACCCCCCUUACUACGCACCUUUGAUUGAACUGAUUCCCGCCCCGUGGACAGAUGCAGAUGUCUCGACCAGAGUUAAAGAUCUAAUGGAAGAAGUGGGAUCGAAACCAAUCGUGUUUAAGAAAGAGAUUUUAGGAUUUGGAAUCAAUAGAAUUCAAUAUGCAAUCAUAAAAGUGUGCUGGGAUUUAGUAGAGGAUGAUGUAUUGGAGCCAGAAGACGUAGAAAAAAUCCUGAAGAAUGGCCUUGGUAUGCGAUAUGCUUUUACAGGCCAAUUUGAAACUAUGCACAUGAAUGGAUUUGGCGUCACUGAUAAUGUGGACCGUUAUGGACCUUCAAUAUGGGCAGUUCUCAAUGAUAUGAAACCGGUCACCGAGCUUAAAUCUGACUCGGACACUGCUAAGAAGAUCCACGACGCCAUGUGCAGAACGUUUUCUACUGUAGAUGGGCUUCCUGAGAAAAGAAAGUGGCGAGACGACCGACUUAUGGCGUUGGCAAAACUCAAGAAAGAAAUGGGGGAUGAUUAAACGCAGGAAUAACUGAUAGAUUUGAAUGUCAAAGAGUGGUGCGCAUCAGCCUGAGCGAAGGCUGAAUGCAAUUUUUUAUAACGCUGUGGAAACAAUUACAUUUUGAUAUAGGCCUACUGUUAUAUGAGAGCUAUUGUUGUGCCAGGGCUGAAUCACAGUUAUGCUCAACCAAAAGAAACGAGACUGUUGCACUGAGAUGAAAUAAUUUGCAAAUCACGAAGUGUUAUCAAAAGUAACAUACUAUGUUUCUGAAAAAAUUGUUUUAGUUCGACAAACAUCAAACAAAUUAAACCUACUUCCUUCAGUAACAUA